AUGCCGUUCAGACUCUCUCGAACCUCGUCCAUAACGACAGAAACUCCCUUCGGCCCAUCAAUUCUGCAGCGUAGCCGAAGAAGGUUCUCCUCCACUCCCAUCUCUCGCCAUGGGCACCUCGAACCACCCAAGCCGGGUGAGGAGCUCACGGUGACCUUCAUCGAUAAAGAAGGCGAAAAACACGAAUUCAAGGUCAAGGAGGGCGACAAUCUCCUUGACAUCGCACAAGCAAACGACCUGGAGAUGGAGGGCGCAUGUGGAGGCUCAUGUUCCUGCUCUACCUGCCACGUAAUCGUCGUUUCGGACCACUACGACCAGAUGGAGCCGGCCGACGAGGAAGAGAACGAUAUGCUGGACCUAGCGUUUGGCCUAACGGAGACGAGUAGAUUGGGCUGCCAAGUGAAGAUGUCCAAGGACCUGGAUGGGUUGGUGGUGCAGUUGCCGGCAAUGACGAGAAAUCUGUCACCAAAUGACUUUAAGUAA